AUUUGAGUUGUAGUGUCCAUAUUGUUGAUUAGUUAACAUUUGAAUUAGCUAUAAGAAGCUUUCAUAUAGUCUGUGUCGACUAGAAUAAAGAAGGGCAAAAUGAAAUUAUACGUAUUUUUUACACUUUUAAUGGUCAUAUGUACUUUAGCCAAAGCUGAGGUUACCUGCACCAUUGAUGGCAAGAGUGUAAAAGUGGGACAAACUUAUCAGCCACCUGGACAAUGUAGACUUUAUAAAUGUACCAACGAGGGCACCUUCAGCACCACAGAUUGUCCUCCAGUCCAUGUAACCCACAAUUGCAAACUUAUUGAGAAGGAUGUCACAAAACCCUAUCCCGAGUGUUGUGCCCGUGUUGUUUGCAAACAUUAAAUAGAAAACCAAUUAUGUGCUGCUAAACGAUCCAAUAAAGAGUAAUAAUUCUUAAA